CAUAAGACCGAGACUUUGUCGCAUCUGCAUGCCAUUGCUUUAGUUCGUAGUACAUUUUAAACAUUUCUCAUAAAACGGCAUUAAAGUGAUGGAUUUGAUCGAAAAUUCGUUUGUGGUGCAAAAUUCGAUAAAUUUAACACUAUUAUUUGAGAGCGUGUAAAUCUUCAUGAAAACAAAAAGUUUACGAUUUAUUACUAACGGAAGAAGUUCAUAAAAUUUUUCCCCUUUAAUUUUGCGGGCAAAAUGGAGAAAUAUGAAAAUAUCGAGAUAGUGGGCGAGGGAAGUUACGGACUCGUGAUGAAGUGCAGGCAUCGCGAAACCGGGCAAAUAGUGGCGAUAAAAAAGUUCUUGGAAACAGAGGAGGAUGUCCAGGUGCGAAAAAUGGCCUUUCGUGAAAUAAGAAUGUUAAAGAAAUUACGUCAUGAGAAUCUGGUGUGCAUGAUCGAGGUGUUUCGCCGAAGAAAACGGCUUUAUCUCGUGUUCGAGUAUCUCGAUCACACCGUGCUCGACGAAUUGGAGGAAAGUGAAAAUGGCCUCGACUCGGAGAAAUCGAGACGAUAUAUUUUCCAAAUACUUCGCGGCUUGGACUUCUGUCACAAUCACAAAAUCAUGCAUCGCGACGUGAAGCCCGAGAACGUCCUGGUAUCGCCAAACGGCGUGAUCAAGCUCUGCGACUUCGGUUUCGCGCGCUACGUCACCGGACCCAACGAGUCCUGUACCGAUUACGUGGCGACGAGAUGGUAUCGCGCGCCGGAGCUCCUCGUCGGCGAUUCCAGAUAUGGCAGAGAGAUCGACGUGUGGGCGGCCGGGUGCAUUUACGCCGAGAUGAUCACCGGCCAGCCGCUCUUCCCCGGCGAUAGCGAUGUGGACCAGCUGUACCGCAUCACGAAGGUAUUCGGUCCUCUUUACGGCAAGCAGCCGGCGAACGGUAGCGGCAAACAUGUACUCCUACUCCGGCACGCGAAAACCGAUGAGGUUCCUGGCUUAACGCGGUCCACAACCGUGGCUCUCCGAAGUCUCUUUCCAUCGUGGAGCCCGAUGGCGAUUGAUUUUCUGACACAGUGCCUUCGCACAGAUCCCGCUACCAGACCGAAGUGCCUCGCGUUGCUGCAGCAUCCGUUUUUCUCGCAGGACGGUUUCGCCGACAGAUUCCUCGGUGAACUGCAGCGAGUCGUCGCGAAAGAAUCCGCGAUGAAUCUGCUCGGGACCAAGAGAGCGGAAACGUCCUCCAGGAUCUGCCGCAGCAGCAUCGGAAGAUGGCAGAUGACGUUAAUCAAAGAGAGGCGAGCGGCGAACAACGUGGAGCUCGAAGCCACGGAAAGCGAGGACUCGCCGGGAGAUCGAGUUAACGCGAAUGCCGCGAGUAAGCUGCAGAUAAACCGGCCCCGCGAAUUACGUUACUUCGGGCCGGUCUCGGUGAUACCCAACACCACGUACAUUCGACGGCUGGAGCACAAAGGGCUUCUGAUCCCUCAAUCGAAGGGCUGUGCCUUGCCGGCUCUGACGUCAAAGACGAACGCCAAGAGGAAAAAGCUCGAUCUGCCCGGCGUGAAGAAUCGUUGAUCGUGCCCGAUGAGGAGCGCGCUUCCUUUUCGUAAUAUUAAUGUCGAAAAGAGUGGGAGGACUCGCGCACUGUAACAGAGAGACUCAUUAUGAAGCGAGGCGUGGAGCGUGUACAUAUCUUAUAUUUUCCACACACUGUAAAUGGACUGACGUAAAUGUAAAAGAUGUCGAAUAGUGCGUUUGCGAAUUGUUCGCACUCUGUAAGAAAGAGAAUAAACGUUGAGAUUUUCUUUCACUUUGUAUCGCAGACACCGGAACGUAAGCAACGUCUUUAGCGAUUUGGAAGUAAAAUGAAUUAUUUUGGGGUAAAUAUGAUAUCGCCAGCAAUUCGAAACAAUGAUGAGUAUUUUUCAUAAACGACCUACACUGGCCAAUGCCUUUAUUUAUUAUAAAAACGACGUUUCGGUCCUGGAUUUGGACCC